AACAAUCACCUCUCUCUCUCUCUCUCUCUCUCUCUAACAUUUUUUCUUAAAGCGAUUUUCUUUCUUCCUGUCUAUACAUAACCCAUUUGUUUUUACAUGUUGAAGACCACAUGGAAUGCUUAAUUAUCAUCUAAUAACUUGGAAGUCUGCAACUUUUUCUGUCUCACAAUGCAUAACCCCUCGGCAGUAACCACCACCCAAUCGGGCUCUGUCUUUGAACUUGUAGCUCAAAUGGGUGGCUUUGCUUUUAACAGAGCAGUUCAAAGCAUAAACUCAAAUGGGCUAUCUUUUUCUAGGUCAGAUUUUCUUUUUGAUAGCCCGGUUGGUCUAAAUACGAGAAAGGUUAAUGCUUCACUGAGUUUGAGUAGUAGAAGUGGUUUUAGAAGUGUUUGGAGUGAGUUUAAUAGGACUAUUAGGCUCCAUUCCGAGAGAAUCCCAAUUGGCUUUGCUUCAGUUCAGAUUGGUUCAGGAGAUAAUAAUGGUAAUAAUAAUAUUAGUAGCAAUGAUGGUGAUAAUACUAAUGGGUUAAGAGAUGAUGGAUGUGGUGUUUUGUUGGAUGAUGGUGUGCUUUUGAAUGGCGUAGAAGGUGGGACUCCUAAAAGGGUUCUCAUUUUGAUGAGUGAUACUGGUGGUGGUCAUAGAGCUUCUGCCGAGGCUAUUAAGGCUGCCUCCAAUGAAGAAUUUGGUGAUGAUUAUCAGUUGUUUAUUACUGAUUUGUGGUCAGAACAUAUGCCUUGGCCAUUUGAUCAAUUGCCCAGAAGCUAUAACUUCCUGGUGAAACAUGAGGCAUUGUGGAAAAUGACAUAUUAUGGAACUGCACCACGUGUGAUUCAUCAAUCUAAUGCAACUUCAACAUUUAUAGCUCAAGAGGUUGCAAAAGGAUUGAUGAAAUACCAGCCUGACAUCAUUAUCAGUGUCCAUCCACUGCUGCAACAUGUUCCUCUUCAUAUAUUGAGGGCAAAGGGACUUUUACAGAAGAUAGUUUUGACCACUGCUGUCACCGAUCUAAGCACUUGUCAUCCUACAUGGUUCCAUAAGCUUGUGACGAGAUGUUAUUGCCCAUCAACAGAUGUAUCAAAGAGGGCAGUGAAAGCUGGGCUCAAGCCCUUAAAGAUAAAGGUUUAUGGCCUUCCUGCACGGCCUUUUGUGAAGCCUGUUAGACCAAAGGGUGAAUUAAGAAGAGAACUAGGAAUGAAUGAGGAUCUUCCGGCUGUGCUACUGAUGGGAGGAGGGGAAGGGAUGGGUCCCAUUGAGGCAACUGCAAGAGCACUUGCGGAUUCAUUACAUGAUGAGAAUCUUGGAGAGCCAAAAGGUCAAGUCCUCGUGAUAUGUGGUCGCAACAAAAAGCUUACAAACAGAUUACUCUCGAUUGAUUAGGUUCCGGUCAAGGUGGAGGGUUUUGUGACUAAAAUGGAGGAGUGCAUGGGUGUUUGUGACUGUAUUAUCACAAAGGUUAGCUUCCCAUGACCCUGCUGUUAUUUUUUCUUCAGUCUCAUUUUGAAUGAUUACAUUGCUGGACAAGAAGUAGGCAACGUGCCUCAUGUGGUGGAGAAUGGAUGCAGGAAGUUCUCAAAAUCACCGAAAGAGAUUGCAAAGAUUGUUGCAGAAUGAUUUGGUCCAAAGGCAGAUGAACUCAAGGCCAUGUCACAAAAUGCACUGAAGCUGGCCAGACCUGAUUCUGUAUUCAAGAUUGUCCAUGAUCUCCAUGAGCUGGUUAGACACAGAAAUUUUGUCCCCCAGUAUUCCUGUGCAACUUGACAUUUUUCACCACCUAUCAAUUUUGAUGAGUUCAGAGUGGUGUAUAGUGGGUUAACCCGAGGCCUGUUGAUCCUCCAAUUGAAACCAAAAAAAAAUAAAUAGAUUUACCCUUUCUACCUCAUAUCACUCGAUGACAUUGUAUUGAUU